ACAGCACUGCUGAAAUGUAGGCCUAGCGACUCUAAAUUCACACACAAUGCUCACCUUUGUGUCACCCUGAGCUACUUCAGAUUACAGUUUCAUUUUCUCAGCAGCAGCAAUGGUAAGUAAAUAAAUAAAUAAAUAGUAUAUAACGCAAUGCAUCAGUGUUAACAAUAAUCAAACUAGGUGCAAAUGAUAGGCAAAUAUCAGGUGAGUAUCAUGUUAUUGCAGGAUUUAAUGCUGAUCACUCAAACCAACACAUGGGGGCGCUGUUGAUGAGCUUUAAAUGACUGUAGCAUGACUUUAAAAUGACUGUAGCAUGAUGAAAAUGAUUUCUAAUAGACUUUUUAAAUUCCUGUCCUAUACGUGUGAUAUUUGUGCCUUCAAAAAUAUCUAAUUUCUUUUGAAGAAAUUUUAACUGAUGAAAACUUCUGAAAGAAGUUUUACAGUAGCUUAGUUAUGGGUGCUAUAUUUCAUGGUACAGAAUAGGUCUCGUCUGUUUGAUUUACAUAGCCUAUAGGCUACAUAUAUAUAAUGACUCGAGCCAAAAAGACACUAGAGUAGGCCAGUGAGUAAGCAUUGCAUUACAAAACAUCAAACGUGGCUCUUCAUUACACCUGUGGUUACUCUGCUAUAUAUCACCUGCAUAAACUAAGACAAAUUAGUUUCGAGGAAAAGCUUGUCUAGUAAUCUUACAAGUGCACUAGAAACGCCCACCGCUGUCACUUCUGUGCUCUUCAACAGAGCUCUUCACCAAUGUCUAGAAAACUGCGAUUUACAGUAGUCAGACGCGAUCGCUAUCAUAAAAACUUUCACGAAAAGGAUUGUCCUGAUGAACGACAAGGCAGAGGUGUUUUUGUUUCAAGGCAGACAUAGGUUUUUGAUUUGUAAAUGAAGUGGUCUCCCGCAGUUUUCUGAGGAUGAGGGAGUUGCUGCAGCUGAAUUUGGGCUUCUUCACCAAAUCCUGCCUCGUGAUCGGGUUCCUCUGCGGGAUUCACUUCAUCGUGGCUUUGUUUUUUUAUUUAUCAGAGUCGCCUUUAACAUUUAUGAGUUACCGACAAAUUCAGUCACUCUCUGAUAUAUUUAAUUCACAAACUCAUAAAACUUCCGGACUCGGCAUCCAGAAUGGCACUGGAACAGAGGUAGAUGAAAAGAAAUGGAUCUAUACUAAUAGAAGUGACGUGAAAGAUGACGUGGUACUAGAGUCGUGUCCCGAGACGUCUCCACUUCUGGUGGGUCCACUGCGAGUUGAAUUUUCUGAUCCGGUAAAUCUGGAAAUGGUCCGUAAAAAUAAUCCACAGCUGCUGAUGGGUGGCAGGUAUAAGCCCAGUGAUUGUGUGGCUCUGCAAAAAGUGGCAAUAAUCAUCCCAUUCAGAAACAGAAGUGAACACCUGAAGUACUGGCUCUACUACCUUCACCCCAUCCUACAGAGACAACAGCUGGAUUAUGGGAUUUAUGUCAUACAACAGGACGGAGAAGAUACAUUUAACAGGGCGAAACUGCUCAAUGUGGGUUAUGCAGAGGCUCUGAAGGAGUACGAUUAUGACUGUUUCAUCUUCAGUGAUGUAGACAUCAUUCCCAUGGACGACCGCAACACCUACAAGUGCUCUAGCCAGCCACGCCACCUCUCUGUGUCCAUGGACAAGUUUGGUUUUAGGUUACCAUAUAAACAGUAUUUCGGGGGUGUAUCAGCAAUGAGUAAAGAGCAGUUUCAAAAGAUCAAUGGUUUUCCCAAUAACUACUGGGGCUGGGGAGGAGAAGACGACGACAUUUUUAACAGGCUGGUAUUUCGAGGCAUGAAAAUAUCAAGGCCGAGUGGAGACAUUGGUAAAUGUAGAAUGAUUCGUCACUCGAGAGACAAGAAAAAUGAGCCAAACCCACAGAGAUUCAAGAGAAUCAAUCACACAAGACAGACAAUGAACACGGAUGGCGUCAAAUCACUCAUAUACAAAGUGAUCGAUAUAGAGAAAGACCAGCUCUACAGCAAGAUCACAGUGGACAUCGGCAAGCCAUGAAACCUCUAGAGCUCUGAAGGAACAUUUCGCUCACUGCGACUCUUCGGAGAUCUUAAAACUGCACAGCCAUCGUGAAUCGGUUCAAAACAACGAAGAAAACUUGUCUGAGAAACGAGUUAGAAUGAAAGUGACAUUCUUCUAUACACCAAGCGAAAGAACCGAUGUUUUUUUUUAUUAUUAUUCCUGAUUAUUAUACUCAUGCACCUGUGUGCCUCAUUAUCAGUGUCAGCUUUAACAAAACUCAACUUCAUUCUUGUGAACCUUCUAUGCAAAGCAGUCAGUGAAGAUCACGCCUCAGGAAAACAUGAAGUUCAGCAACUAACACAUACUGAUACGCUCCUCACAAAUCUCCUCACGGAGCUUUUAAGAAAAGACAGUAUGUACACAUAUUCUGCUUGCAAAUAUGCAUCAGUAGUAGACUUUUUAGUCUAACUUUACACCCGUGUCCAUGUUAUUGUAGCCAAUCAUUAUAUAAUGUAUAAAUAUAAUAAUAUAAUGAGUAAUAUUAAAGGGAUAGUUCACCCAAAAAACUCACCUUCCAAGUUGUUACAAAAUCUGUAAGAGUUUAUUUUCCUUUCUUUCUUUCUUUCUCUCAUACAGGUUUUGGAACAACUUGAGGGUGAGUAAACAAUGACAGAAUUUUCAUUUUUGGGUGAACUAUUCUUUAGAUGAACAAAAUGUGUGUAAUACAUUUUAAAUACCAAAAUAUGGUUUCAUUACACUGUUUUACAAUAUCAUUUAAAAGACACUCCUACAUAGCGUUCUUCUCUUUUGAUUGUUGAUUAUUAUUUAUUUUGAUUGGUGGAGGUUGAGUGUUGUGUGUAAGCAAUUAAAAAUAUCUCACACUAGGCCAUGUGGGACCCACUGAA